AUCAUCAUCUCGAGUUUUUAGUUAAUUUUUACGUUAUUUCUCAUUUAAUUGCAGUGUUUUUGAUUUUAAACGUCGUUUUGUAGAUAAAUUACAAAAAUGGAUCGAUUUAUAAGUAUGUGGAAAGUUCGGGAGCUGGCGGACAAAGUAACAAACGUAGUGAUGAACUACACGGAGAUAGAAGGCAAAGUUCGCGAAGCCACAUCAGACGAGGCGUGGGGUCCCACAGGGCAACAGAUGCAGGAGCUGGCGCUGGCCACGUUCACCUACGAACACUUCCCCGAGGUCAUGUCCAUGCUCUGGCGGCGGAUGCUGCACGAUAACAGAUCACACUGGAGACGCACGUAUAAGUGCCUUCUUUUGCUGAGCUACUUAGUUCGUAACGGGUCAGAGCGCGUGGUGACGUCAGCAAGAGAACACAUCUACGAUCUACGCUCGUUAGAGAACUAUACCUACGUGGACGACUUGGGCAAAGACCAGGGUAUUAACGUCCGACACAAGGUGCGCGAGCUGAUCGACUUCAUCCAGGACGACGACAAAUUGCGCGAGGAGCGAAAGAAGGCCAAGAAGAAUAAGGACAAAUAUAUCGGCCUGUCUUCAGAGGCGGCGGUCAUGGGCUCGCGAAUGGGGGGUAUGGCAGGAAUGGCGGGAAUGGGUGGCGCUGGCGGGUGGGGCGAGUACAGCGACAAGAGCAGCACUUGGGACGACGGGCCCAAAGAGCGGAACGAGGAGGAGGAGUACGAGAGGAACGACUCCGACGACGACUACGGCCACCGCAAGCCGAAGAAGGAGUCCAGGGAGUCCAGGGAGUCCAGGGAGUCCAGGGAGCACGUGUACCGCGACGCGGCGCCGGCCGAGGCCGCGGUGGGGCCUCCGGGGCCUGCGGGCUCAAGAGCCCCGCGCGCGCCAAGCCGGCCUCGCCCGCGCGCCGCAUCGACCUGGAUACCCCUUUCACCACUGUUGCGUACAGGACACAAAAUUGUCUAUAGCGGGAAAUCACGAAAACCACCACUCCAAUUUGACGUUUCACGUAUAUUGUACGUCGCCUAUGCAGGCGCAGCCGCGACGUACGCCAAGUCGGCCGCGGCCCCGGCCCCGGCCGCCGCGGCGCCCGCCCCGCCGUCCGCCAACUCGCAGGAGCUGCUGGACGACCUGUUCAAGACGUGCGCGCCGCCCGCCCAGUCGCAGCCCCCGCAGCCGUCUCGGCCGUCACUCGUGCUCGAAGACGACUUCGACCCCCGGGCCGACGAGGCUCCGCGGAAGGACUCGGUCGAGUUCGGCGACUUCGCGAAGGCCUUCGGCGGCGCCCCCGCGCCGACGCCCGCAGCGCCCGCGCCGCCCGCGCCCGCGCCCGCCGCCCUGGACGCCUUCGCGGACUUCUCCAGCGCCUUCAGCGCCGCCGACGCGCAGCCCAAGCCGCCCGCAGCCGCGCCGGCGUCGAACGUGGACCUGCUGAGCGAGCUGGGUCCCCCUCCGCUGGCCCCGCUGAGCCUCUCCGACGUGGGCGCCCCUCUGCAACCCACCUUACCAAUGCAGGGAAGUGAAAGUGAAGUGAAGAAUAAUUCCGAAGGAAUCCCCCGCUGUAUAACACACUUUGUGGACACCCUACAUUCACUUGAGAGGAUAAAAUGCGAAAAAGACCUUUCCAUCAUCAAGAAAUGCCUUACCAAUCUCUACAAAUACUUACCAGGGCCUAUUACCGUACAGAAACUAUGCAAAAUCGAUCAAAAAAUUCUUGAUUCCGGUGUAAUAGAAACGUAUUCACAGUUGCUAAGCACUAUCAUAAAGAUGUUGUUACCACAAUGGCCUAUUUUCAAGGACGAGGUGACGAAUUUAUUCAUUUUGGAAGAAAGUUUCGAAUUAAGUAGUGAGAUUUUAACAGUUUUAUCCGGAUUCUUGAGGAACGAGACAGAAAAAAAUAUUUUGGAAGCUUUGGCAAUUAUUUUGUUGAAAUACACGAAAAGUGAUGCUGUCUUAGUCGCCAUAUUAGAUUGCAGUAGCGAAAAUAUCGAAGAAAAAAUAAAACUUUACAAACACGAAACCAAUUGGGAAAACUACAUACAAAUUUUAGUAACACUACCGGAAAGAGUUGCCAAUAAAUUAAAAACAAAACAACCCAUAUUGAACGUCUUAGGACAUAAUUUGGAUAAAAAUAAAGACUGGAAGGAAAUCUUAACAAAAAAAAUACCCUUGUAUUAUAAACCUAGAGAUUAUAAAGAGACGGACGUCAUUGAAAAUUUAAUUUUUUACAUUUCCACUUCAAAAGACUCGAGCGAUAUGUUAUCUGAAUUUAUUUUAAGAAUUGUAAACGCCUGGUCCGACGUGAAACUCGCAAAUACCUCAAAUAUAACUCAACAUGUGUAUUUGUCACAGUUACUGAUACUAGCUGUGAAAUAUCGAAUUACUAUGAAAGAUAAACAAUGGGACUUUGUUGAAUUUAAGACUGUUUUAUUCAAAGGAAUGUCUAAACAUUUGGAUGUUUUGUCACAAGAAUUCAGGUGCAUUGGAAUGGCAACCACAGAAAUAAUUUUAAAGAUAUUAACUGAGAUUGAACAUAGAAAUGAAGAUGCUGUUGAAACUCUAACGUUCGACUACGAAAGUAUGGGAAAAGUCUGUCUUGAGAUACAAAAAAUCUUAAAAGACUUAACAACUAAAUGUCUUAAUGACGACACUAUAGCACCGCCUGACAACUUUAAAUCUAGAAGAGUUGAUUUAAAAUAUGCAUUAGAUACCAUUGCCGACAGAGUAAUAGAUCGCAAACACAGACCAGUACAAAAUACAAUGAUGUCUUGUGCAGUCAAAUCACAAGAACAAACAAAAGAAAUCGUCAAAUCGAUAAUCUCUGCCAAAUUAGACGCUUUAAAUAAAGAUAACAAGACGUUAAGUGAAGAUUUAGAUUCAGACGACGAUUUACAACCUUACGACAUGAGCAAUGAUGUAUCUAUAAAUGCUAAAAAACGGCCAAAUUAUUUACGAGAUCUGAUCGAGUCUAUAAAUGAAUCCAAGGAUUUAGAAUCUUUUGAGUCAAGCCUUGAAGUUGCUGAAGAAUUGGUCAAUAAGCAAUUGAAGAAUGAAGAUCCGAAGCUAGCUGUGGAAUUGCUCGAUCUUUUCAUACAUUUGGAGCCCAAAUUUCGCAUUGAUGACUUUGAUAGCAUAAAGUUUAACACGUCAGUCGCCAUUGUUUGUAGUCAACCAAAAAUUGCCGCCGAACAUUUAUGUAAAGACAUUCACACGGAUAUCGGUCGAUAUUCAAUAGCAACGAAGAUAUUCAUGCUUGACGUCCUUUCGGAAUCGGCGAACAGGAUAGCUGAUGUGAGACCGCAAGAUGAGCAGAAAAGUAAAGAAAUCAUCAGCAAAGUGGACGAAAACUUAGAAAUCCCAGCAGAGGAAAUAAUACGCCGCAGACUUAUAAACAAAACUAAAUAUUUCCACACAAUAAGGCCCCAUCCAUUUUCGAAAGCGAAGAAAAACGAAUUCGCUGCUGUUUCGGAUUAUUUCUUCUACCCUCUCGUAAGCGGUUUUGGUUCCAGACAGCUAUCGUUAAGCCACCAUAACGUCAAACAGGAUUUCGACAGUAUACUUCUAUACAAGUAUUUGGCAGUCGUUGGCAACAUAAUUUUGUCUUCGAAAAAUUGCCCAAAAUGUCCUCAAUAUUGUUCAGAAAUCAUCCCUAUGCUGAUGUACAUGAGGUACACGCCUGAUCCGAAAAUCCAAGCAUGUGUCAUAUCCCUGAUAGCUUCAAUUGUUUUGGCGUUGCCGACGUCAAUUUUGAUUGGCGAAUUUUUCCACCCAAUGAUGGAAUUCCGAACCUGGCUAGCGGAUUUGUUAAGCAACGUGGAUUUGACGUUCAAAUUGGGAGGUCCCAAAUCUGAGACGGCCAUUUUCGCCGGUCAAAUAUUGCAUUUGAUUGAAAAGAAUUUAACGGUUACUGUUAAUUGAGUUUGUUCGGUUUAUGAAGUUUAGAUACACCCACCGCUCUUGUGUAGUUACGAGAGAAGAAUUUUUAAUAAAUGUGCUUCCUUUUAUAUGGGAUUUCAUUUCUCGACCUUGAUAUUUUUAUAAAUUUAUUUAGCAUAAAACUUACUCUUGUUGACCGUAGAAGAUAUAGAUUCUUUGAAAUUCUCCAAUAAGGCGAAGACCAAGAGUUAUC